ACAAUUUCAUGUUUCUUCACAGUUGACUCUCUUUCAUCCUUUGAGGUAAGCACAUCAUCUGAGAAGAUCCCACCAACUCCACAUCGAAUACCUCCAAGCCCGUCAAGAUUCGCGCCAUCUCCACAGAUAGCUCGAGCAGGAUCUGUUGACUUAACCGUCCAGCAGAUUCUCAGGGCGACUCAGAAUUUCUCACAUUCGUUUAAGUUGGGUGAAGGAGGAUUUGGGACUGUAUACAGGGCUGUACUGUCAGAUGGAGUGGUUGUUGCAGUCAAGAGAGCUAAAAAGGAUCAGUUUGCAGGUCCUAGAGAUGAGUUCAGCAAUGAAGUAGAAUUGCUUGCUAAGAUUGACCAUCGAAAUUUGGUGAGACUAUUGGGUUAUACUGAUAAAGGAAAUGAGCGUAUUAUUAUCACAGAAUAUGUUCCGAAUGGAACUUUGAGAGAACACUUGGACGGCCAACACGGCAGAACUCUGGACUUUAAUCAGCGCCUAGAAAUUGCGAUUGAUGUUGCUCACGCACUCACUUACCUCCAUCUGUAUGCAGAGAAGACAAUAAUCCAUCGCGAUGUGAAGUCAUCAAACAUACUUCUGACAGACAGCUACCGAGCCAAGGUGUCUGACUUUGGAUUUGCUAGAAGUGGCCCUAAUGAUACAGAGAAGACACACAUCUCGACGAAAGUGAAGGGAACUGCUGGCUACCUGGACCCUGAGUACCUGAGAACAUACCAGCUGACUCCUAAAAGCGAUGUCUUCUCCUUUGGCAUACUUCUUGUAGAAAUUAUUUCUGGUCGUCGGCCUGUAGAGCUGAAGCGGGCAGCUGAAGAGAGGAUCACUAUCAGAUGGACUUUCAAGAAAUUCAACGAAGGCAACAUGAGAGAAAUAUUGGACCCGUUGCUGGAGGAUCGCGUGGACGAGGAGGUGCUGGAGAAGCUUCUCAGUUUGGCUUUCCAGUGUGCCGCUCCCACGCGGGAGGACCGUCCCACCAUGAAGGAAGUCGGAGAGCAGCUGUGGGAGAUCAGGAAAGAGUACGGGAAGAGCAUAAGGAGGGUGUGAAACCAUGGCAAACAUGAGCUCCCUUUAACCACGAUCAGAGCAUGCGUAUUUGUAUACGCACUUGAUGAUGGUAAUAUUUUGUGCUCACAGAGUGUGCCCUUGAGCAAUGUUUCAGACAAACCUGCCAUCUGUUUCUUCCUUCCUUGACCACUUUCUAGUCUAGUACUCCCUGGAGAUACAGUCCAUUUUGCUGGAUGUGCAUUUUGUGUUGAAAAACUUUCGCUGAAUUCAUAUUGAUUUAGAUAAUUGAAAUAAAUGUUGUUUCUGGUCGAGCCGGUGUAAUGCACUAGCCCUACCCUAAGUAAUAGUA